AUGUCUACCACCCGCUAUGACAACCCAGAUCAAAUGAUCCAGCAAUAUGCGAUCGUCUACACCGAGUCUUACAUCAUAUUGGCGGCAGCUGUAAUGAUCAUCUUUGACUACCUUCUGACGUUUAGCAGAGAAGUCGAAUUCUUCUGGAAACGGCGUGUUUCGGGAGCGACCAUCCUCUUCAUCACGAAUCGCUAUCUCUUGCUACUUGACCAGCUUUUAUCCUUGGUGCAAUCUCGCGGAUUCUCUGAUGAGGUUCGUUUGUUCGUCAAAUGGUUGUGA